UAUAAUCAAUUGCAUUAAAAAUGUUCAAAUCUCUUUAAACAGGGUGAACUAGGCUAGGCAGUUGCAGAUGUAACGAGUAAUAAUAAGAUGUUCAAAUUGUUUUCCACAGGAGGAAGUAGUUGCAGACUUGGUGAAUGAAGAAAGUUUCCAACUUUGUUAAGCCAUGAAUUCAAGACUGCAGCAGGUGGCGGCAGUAGUCAAGCUUUCUGCAAAAUUUACAAGCUUAGCAUGGAGGUCAAAUAAAACUUUGAGCGAGUUAAAUGCAGGAGUGAGAGCUGAGAGUUUUAAUCGUCCAGAAAUAAUAGUAUCCAAUGAGGAUGAAGGCAAAGAUGGUCUUGUGGGCAUGGAUGGAAGCUCUAUGGUUGUGGAUGAAACCUGCAAUCCUUCUUGGAGUGAGUUAACUUCAAAACUGAGAGCUGAGAGGAUUAAUUGUCCACAAAUAACAUUAUCCAAUGAGGAUGAAGAUGAAGACAGUUUUGUGGGCAUGGAUGAAAGCUCAAUGGUUGUGGAUGAAACGAAAAAUUCUUCCUGGAGCGAGUUAACUGCAAAACUGAGAGCUGAGACGAUUAAUCGUCCACAAAUAGUAUUCUCCAAUGAGGAUGAAGACGAAGACAGUUUUGCGGACAUGGAUGAAAGCUCUAUGGUUGUGGAUGAAACCUACAUUUCUUCUUGGAGUGAGGAAACCGCAAAACUGAGGGCUGAGAGGAUUGAGCGUUCACAAAUGAUAUUUUCCGGUGAGGAUGAAGACGAAGACAACUUUGUGAACAUGGAUGAAAGUUCUGUGGCAGAGGAUGAAACCCAAAUUUCUUCUUCUUCUUCUUCUUCUGUUUCACGGCCAUCAUCAUUGCAAUUGACGAAGGAGAAUGCUAACAGCGUGAGUUUAAUAGGAAGCAUAUGCAGCCGCAUUCAGUUUAAAUACACGGAUCCAGGCCGAUGUGUUGUCUGGACUUCAAUUGACAUGCGGGAUAAAAACUUUUGCAUUUCUGGCAGAUUUAGAUUAUAUUUUUUGGAUGAACUAGCAGAAAUUGCCAGGCAACAUUUGAAGAUCAAUGACUGCGUGUAUGUCUCAGGUGAACUUGAACAAUUGCGGCAUAUGAAGUGGGUAAUGGCAAAGGACCUCAAAUUUAUUAAAUUGCCUGGUACUCCUAAUACAGGAUGAAUUUGCACAAAAAUGGGGACAAGGGAUGACUAGGGGACGUUUUCAAGGUCCGAUGAAUGUCGACCUGAUUAAUGUUGUGUGUUUCACAUUUGGCAUACAAGGAAGGAUAAAUCAUUUGUGAUGGUGUGUGAAAGAACUGGGCGAUGAGUCAAUUGAGUAUGAAGUGUGCAAAAUCAACAUGACAAAAUAAUUAUUGUACAAAGCAAACUGCAAUUUCAACAUAUGUUAGAUGCUUAUACUAUGGUAGUUUAUAUUACAUCUUUCUUUAUAAUAUUCAUGUAUCUUGCUAAGAGAUAAUGUGUCUCUCUAGCAAGUUUUCUGUAUCUUCUUUUGAGGUCGUGAACCUCAACUUGCAAGUCCUUUAGGGAGCACUGAGU